CGCUCCCCGGGGGCCGCCGCAGGCAAAGCGAAACCAAAAGGGUGGUGGUGACGGCGGCGGGGAGGGGCGGGCAGGGGCUCCCGCGGCGCGACUCGACUCGACUCCAUGCGAUUCGAUUCGAUUCGCUCCUCCCCUCAGCGCCGAGGCGGAGCGGGGCGGUGGCGGCGGGCGGGCGAUCGGGCGGGCUCAGCGCGCCCCCAUGGCCCUGGCGCCGGGUCAGCGGGCACGGUAGCAGCCUCCGGCUGUCGCCGCGGGUGACUCAGAGCUGCCCGGGCAGGGCGGGCUGGAGAUGCGCCUCUCCGCCGGGCUCCGGGCAGCCGCGGGAGGCUGACUGAGCCACAAAGAAGUUUCCCCGGCGGCGGCGCGGCGCUCCCCCAUGCGCGCCACCGGCCGCCGGUCCUGGAGCGCUGCUCGGCAGGCGCCCGGCGCCGACCCCGCCAUGGAGCCCCGCGCGGGGCUGCACAGCAGCCCGGAGCUCAGCCGGGCCAAGCGGCUGACCGUGGGGGAGCUCUGCUCCCUCUUCGAGGCUCGCUGCGCCGCCGUCGCCGCUGCCGCCGCCCGUCAGCUGCCCGACCGGCCGAAGAGGGGCUGCCGACCCCCGAACGGGGUUCUGCCGCCCGUCAUCCCCCGGCUCACCGUCACCGCCGAGGAGAGCGAGGAGGCGCAGGGCAGCCCCCAGCCGCGGCCGGCGCGGCCGGCGCGGCCGGAGGGCGGCGGGCUGAGGACGGGCAGCUCGCUGCACCUGCAGUCCCGCAGGCUGUCCAACUCCUCGGUCUCCUCCACCGGCUCCUCGUCCCUCCUGGAGGACUCGGAGGACGACGUGCUGAGCGACACGGAGUGUAGGAGCCAGGGCAUCGUGCACUUGGAGCACGGCGAGGACACGAGCCAGUCUCCUGUGUCAGAUGCUCAAAAUAAAAUUUUUCCAGGCAUUUCCCAGCAGAAAAAAGCAUGGCAUACAAUUAAAACCAUGGUUAACUUACCAGUCAUCAGCCCCUUCAAGAAACGCUACUCAUGGGUGCAGCUGGCUGGGCACACAGGGAGUUUCAAGGCAGCUGAUAGUGGGAAGAUUCUCAAACGCUUGUCAGAGAAUGAAAAGGAGUGUUUUGAGCGAUUGAUGAAAGACCCACUACGCUCCUGCGUCCCUUGCUUCCAUGGUGUGGUGGAAAGAGAUGGCGAGAGCUACAUCCAGCUGGAUGACUUGCUAACUGAUUUUGAAGGACCAAGUGUGAUGGACUGCAAGAUGGGGAUCAGAACAUACCUGGAGGAAGAGUUGACUAAGGCCCGAGAGAAGCCAAAGCUGCGUAAGGACAUGUACAAGAAAAUGAUUGAAGUGGAUCCUCUUGCUCCCACUGCUGAAGAGAAUGCCCAGCAUGCUGUCACCAAACCCCGGUACAUGCAAUGGAGAGAAACCAUCAGCUCUAGUGCUAACCUGGGCUUCAGGAUUGAAGGAAUUAAGAAGGCAGAUGGAACAUGUAACACAAACUUCAAAACUACGAAGACACAGGAGCAAGUUCUACAGGUUUUUGUGGAAUUCAUCGAGGGCAACACAACCAUUCUGAAAAAAUACCUCAAACGUCUGCAGGAAAUUAAUGUCAUUCUUGAAUCCUCAGACUUCUUCAAGCGGCAUGAGGUCGUAGGAAGUUCACUACUUUUUGUACAUGAUGGCAGUGGGAAUGCCAAUGUGUGGCUGAUCGAUUUUGGAAAGACCACUCUUCUUCCUGAUGGGCAGACACUGGAUCACAGGAUCCCCUGGCAAGAAGGCAACAGGGAGGAUGGGUACUUGUUGGGAUUGGACAAUUUGAUUGGCAUCUUGGAAAGCAUCACUGAAAGAUGAAUUGAGAAAGGCACAAAACUUUCAGGGCUUCUCUGUAACUUUCUGCUUUACUGAAGUAGAAGGAGACUCAGUUAGAAGGAAACUUAACUCCAAACUCUUGAGGUCAUCGGUGCAGAGGGAGCUGCAUCCAGAACCCAGCAGUCAGUGAUCAAAGUUACUUUGCAUCAGCCCUCUAUGAACCUAAAUGAGUCACUCCAGAUUGGUGUGUAUUGCACCAGAUGAACUUGAGACUGGUCCUCAGAGAAUGAAGAUCUCCAUACUUGGGAAUCACACCAGCAUGAGUCAAGAGGUCUGUGUGGUAAACCAGAAUGAUUAUAAUUUCUGGCAAAAUGGGACUCCAAAUUGCUUCUUAGAGACCAGGGCAAAUGCUUGGGACCCCUCAGGGCAGGAAAAACGAUUUUUCAGGGAACUGCAUAGUUUUGAAACCAGAUUCUUGUUUUUUUUCCUCUCUGAUUCCAAGUCCUUUUGCUCCUGUGUACACUAUAGGUUGGACCAACAACUUCUGUUGCAUUAUGUUACAGUGUGAGCAAGGUGCAAAUGGGUGAUAAUCAUGAGAAACUGGGAGCAAAGAGACACAGCAGUCUGUAGUGGCUUGAUGUGGCUAACUGCUGUUGCCCAUUUCUCCCCUUCCCUACCCUAGCCUUGCUUCUAUCCGAGAACGGCCUUGGCUUUUUCUGUAGCCACUCAGGAGAUUACAAAUACUCUAGGGAGAGAAUAGCAGCCUAUUGUCUCUAAAAACAUUUGACUUUCCAACUGGGUGGGCUGUUGGGUAUAUUACUAAGUUGGAGAGUUAAGCCUCUUGCAGCUAAACUGCAGCUCUGAAAAUCACUAAUGAUCUUUCACAGACUGGUCAGGGAACUAAGUUUUCUUUCCAAGGCUUAUUUAUUUUUGAAGAUAAAACCCCUAUACACAGGCAUACACUAGUAGUCAGCAACCAGUGUGAUCUCUUAAGAUCAUGGUUUGACUGUCUCCUAAUGCAUGUGACUUCUUGGCCGUGUUCCUGUUCUCAGAUAUGAUGCUGUCACUUACACAUAUAAAGUGGCACAGCAAUCAGGGAGGUCAUGCUUCUGCAUUCGCAGCAUUACACAAUGAUAAUUCCCAGGCAUCCUUCCUCUAAGGUAUCAGCUGUUAACAGGCAGUUUGGGUGAAGGAAUGUUCAUACAUUACAUCUUAUAGUCCCCAUCUAGAAUCAUGGUAUGAUCUGUGCCUCAUUCUUUUGCUGUGGCCCAGGCACAGCCACAGAAAAUUCGGCUUCUAGGUUAAAAUCAAGAAAAAUUGAAUUUUUUUCAUGCAGUGGCUUCACAUACCUUCUCCGUUGGUUGCCUCUAGUCACUGGAACAGUCUUUUACAUAGUGGCAGUAUAAAUACUAUCAUUAGUCACAUGUGGACUCACAUUCCAGGUUUUAACAUCAAUAACGUGGUGAUGACGUUCUCACAAUGCAGGUAAGAGUUACAUUACCAGUGGAUGGUUAAAGCCCUUUCAACAUCUAGAGGUGUAGUAAUGCUCGUUGAUCAGAAAUUCCAGUCUUAUGCUGGUGUCCUGUGCUCAGGAAAGAGUGAGAACUUUGGGUAUGUGAAGGUGACUCCACUUUUGGGAAACUGCUGUUUCAAUAUUAGUUGAUGUCAUAAGCAAAAAAAACUAUAGAGUCCAGAUCUGGAAUGAAAUCUGUAAUAUUUGUAAUUAGAGUUGGACAGCCUAAAAUAAUUUCUAAAAGGAGUUACUUUGGGUAACACACUACUGUACUAAAAGAUCAGUCAGAUUUAAUUACUUUUUCAUCAACUCUAAGCAAAACAGGAGUAUUGAAAAUUGAAGUUCAGUUGUGAUGGAAAGGUUAGAUGACAUAGAGUAGGUAUUCUGUAGCAAGUAAUGACAUGUGGAAAUAUUUCAUCUUAAACCAGAAGUUGUCUGAAACUGGUAAUUAUUUUUGCAGUUCACUGCAAAUUCAGACUACUUCUGCAGCCUCCCAGAGUUUCUCUGUUUUGUAUUUAUGAUAAUAUGUUAAUGAAUUUUUCACUUACAAGUUUCAGAGUGUUUACAUUAGGGUUUUUUUAAGUGACAGUGAGAACAGAUUAUAUUAUUCCAGUUGCCUCUUAACUAUUGAACUGCUUUGAGAUGACAAAUGAAUCCGUAGUUAAUUCCAUACCAUUAAAAAAAAAAAGUAUUUCUCCUUUUCUGCAGCCAACAGGUAAGCCACUGGAUAGCAGUGCCUAAGGAGAAUAGCAAUGCUUAAGGACAGUAGCAAGUAAAAAGGUCUCACAGGCAAUACUUCAAGGACAUAGCCUUUUUUAUGAGACUGCAAUUUCAGCUGUCCUACCAUAGUUAAAAAGAAUUAUAAAAGUUAGAAAUAAGAUUAAGACAGAAUUCAAUUAGUGGUUUGCCUAAUUAAUCUUCAGAGUUAAAUUUCUUUCUUCUCUUACCAUGUAUGUGUAUCUUUGGCACCGAUAUAACCUAUUUUCUGGAGGAGUGGAGAUCUAAACAGUAGAGGUUGGUGCUCAAAUGUCAGCUGAGUGUUUAAGACAAACUUUUAGAAUGACUGUCCAGGAGAACUGGAACAAUGUGGUAUCAGUAGCUUCAAAGAAAACAACUCCUGGUAGCACCUGGCUGGUUUUGCAGUACAUUGUCCUGGGAGAAAACAUGGAGAAGGUUUGUUCCACUGCAGUAGCUGUAAAGGUCAGGGAAAAAAGGAAAAUCUGCUGUAGCAGACACUGAUCUGGAAACUCCUUCUAUAUGAUGCAUAGUUGUAGGAAGAUAGUUUUGAAAUGUCUCUUUGUCUUGCUAGGGGAUUAGAAAGAAAGAAAUCACAAUCAUCUGUUGCUGUUAUGGAAAAGGAGAGAAGGAGGCAGCUUUUCAUUGCAAACUGCAAGUGUAGGACUUCAGCCGAGCACUGGAGCUCUAAGGAGCUGAGGCUGUGAGCUCAGGAGCAAACUGCCCCAGGGUAAAUUUUAGAUUCCUUGUUUCAUAUCAGGUGGCCCAGAGCACGUGUCUACGGACACCCACUUGCUAGUGUGAGGAAGCAGUGUGGCCUUCUUUCCCCAUGGGGUAAGUUGUGUUGAAUCAGUUUACAUUUACCGCAGGGUCAACAUGGUGCAUGUGCACUGGCAUGUAACACAGUGGGAGCUGAUGCAUGGUAACCAAGGAAUUUGUUCACGUGAAAAUCCAGAAUGUAAUUCAUUAGUGCAUCUGCUGAGAUAGUGCCUCACUCUGGAGACACUGAGCACGUGUGAUUCCACAGCAGGGUCAGAGAUGCUGGCCUACAGGCACUUGGGUGCUGAAUGGAUGACCUCUGACUUAGGCUCUGAGGUCUUUAAACUCACUAGCUUAGUGCUGUAGCCGCUGCAUUCCUGUGAGAAACAAGAAUUAGGACUAGGACUUCUCUCCCUCAGCUUCAUCAUUGACUUGGUGUUUUUUGCCUUGGACGACUCUCCUAGGCAUUGUUUUGUUCCAAUUUACAGGGAAUAGACCUGCUUAUCUCGUGGGAAUGGUGUGAGGCUGUCCUUCAUUAGUGCCUGCAAGCAGCUGUGAGAUUCUUUGGAGGAAGGUGCAAUGUAGAAAGAAGUGCGCAGAAGUAGAUUGGAUAAGUUUAAAAAUUAUGGGUGUUUAGGCCCCACAGAGAUGCAAAUUUGGCUGAAUUUUAAGCAAAGUGGUAAAACUUUAAUCUCUCUAAAUUUUGUACAGUGAGGUAUUCACUUAAUGUCUGAUCCAGUUCCCAGUUAAAAGGAAAGAUUUCAAUGGGAGUUGGACCAAACCCUUAAGUAUCUCAGAGGGCUUUUGCUAAUUUUUUUUAUUGCUGUUGUUAUUAUUUGUUAUUCUUAAGGUACUGAGUUCAAAUGGCCUGUAUCAUCCACAUGCAUCCGUUCUGAACACUACAAUGCAAUGCUGACAUUGACUGUAUUGGAUGAGUGUUUGUUACUCUGAAGUGUGUAUGCUACUAAAUAAAUGAGACUGAAGGAAAAAAAGACAUCUGCUGUGAUUUGGUCAUGUGAGAAUAAUAUCUUUUCUUCAAGAAUUUCCUUAGGGAAGGGAAAAAAACUAUUUCAGUGUUUUUGCUUUUAGUCUUUAGCAUCUGGUAGUUCAUAAAGCAAAACCAGUUCUAAGACAUCUAGAAGCCAAAUAGUGGAGCUUGGUUCCAAAACCUUUAGUAUACAUUACCUUUAGAACCUAAUUCACACAAAGCUUGUCAGAUUCCUUCAGGGUAAACUCUGUCUCAGAAAUCUUAGUGGCUAGCCUAUAGCACAUAAAAAAAAUGAGCAUCAAGAGGCACUUGUCAGACUCAGAGCACUUAACUGUUCCCCUGGGCAGUUUUGUGUGCACAUGGGGAAGAAGCACUCAACACUCUAGGACUGGCAGCACUUCUCAGCAAGAGAGAGAGAGUGUAUUCUUACCACAGAGAUUGUGCAAAGAGUACUUUUAAGAGAGGGAAACAAAUAGCCACCAUUAGUGUCUCUUUAUUUUGUGUUGCAAAUAUAGAAGUAUACACUUGUCUAGCUUUAAAUUGCAUAGGAGCAGGCGUGUCAUCUACUUACAUACCGUAGUCACCCAGAAAGGUGAGUUGGCAGAAGUGCUGCCGUGGUCAGAGGUAAUGACAAAACAAAACUUACUCACAUGACUUUUCCAUUUGUGUGGUGUGAUGGGAAGAUUUUAGGCAUGGUGUCACUAAGGUCUCUGCAUGGGAUUGAGAAGAGUGGACAGCCAGGAGAGAGCACAGCCAGAGAGCUACAGGUGAAACUGUCUCACAGGUGCUCUGUGUCCUUAGACAAGGGUCUAAGGAAGUGUGGUCCCUUUCUGACACAGCUGUGGAGAUGUAAAUACAGUGGGGGAAAAGUAUUCCCAGCAGCAUUUUCUUCUCUUUCAGGAAAGUAGGGAGAGUGUUUUGAAGGUGAAGUUACACUUGCAAAAGCCCACACCUACUUUAUCAGCCUUGGAAAGCUUUCUUAGUGCACACCAGCAAAUUAACUGAGAACUACUUAGCUCAGGAAAAGGGUUGAUAUGAGGGAGAGCACCUUAAAUCUGUGAAAUUAAAAAUUCCGUUUGUUCAAAGGAAAAUAUAAAGAUGCAGAGCAUUUAUAUUGAGGAGAGCAGGGAUUACAGAGAAAUGAGAAGGAGGAAUAUCAACAAAUGUGAAAAAGCAAAGACAAAUUGAAAUUUCCAUUAUUGUUUCGUCUCUUGUUAAUCAGUCCCUUCUUUAAAAUGUAAGUAUGAGGUUAUAUGAAGCAACAUAAAGUAUUAGUGCUGAACAGUCAAAAAACAACUAUAUACAUACAAUUACAAACCCAGUUUGGCCAUGUUAAAAGACAGACACCUAUCAGGAAGAGCAAUUUACAACAACCCUAUAAAUGGCUGAUUCUGUAGUAGGGAAGUGGUGGAAGAUUUUUCACAUGGAUUAUAGGAUCAAAUUAAUCCCAGAUCUCCAGCUCUUGUCAUUCCUCUAGGAAACAAAAUUGGGUUUUGGCUUCCAGUUGCCAAAGUAAUCUAAUUUUGAUGCUAUGAAUUUAACUCAUUCAUGAUGCACUAAAAAUGUCUCCUUAAAAAGCAAUUUCACACAAGUUAUAUUUUGCAAUGCGAGCAGUUGAGCACUAUGAAAUUUGAUUGUACAAACAAUAAGUUUCAGCCUCAGAACUGAAGGACCAAAGGUUUUAGUGCAUAUCACUGCAAUUGUUAUUUUUUCUUUUGAGAUAAAAAGGUUUGUACAGCAUGUAGCGUUCAACAUCACAAUAGGAGCAAUAUUAUUUUCUCCAGGAUAUUAAUUAAAAAUUCAUUAUCUGUGAGGUUUUUAAAUAGCAUCUAAAAAAAGAUUAUUACAGGUCAAAGAUUCAUGGCAAUGCACUGACAGAAGAUCAUUCCAGUUGAGAGUUAAGAGCCUGUACAAAAUCUAGGUUGCUAAUACAGAUUCUUUUAAAAUUCUCAGCUUUCUUUUAAUGCCCAUUUGGUACCUGCAUCUCCAUGUCUUGUCUUGUUAGAAGAGGCUGCAUCUGGCUCAGUACAGCCCUGAGCUAAAUGCUGUUGUAAACCAUCAGAGUCUGUUAGAAAUAAAUAAUCAGUACAUGCUUUCAGUUGCUCUUCAGCACCCCACUCUUGAUCACUCCUAGGGAUAAGAUCCUGGUCAGGAUAGAAUUCUGUUCAGUCUCAGUGCAGCUUUGUCUGUGUGCUUCCUGUAAAUGAGUACCUUGAUGCAGCUAUUCAGUAAAAGCAGGUAUUUGUCCAAUGUGCAGGACUUGCACCUUGUUUAUAAAGUGAAGGCAUAGCUGCAGCCAAGACUGCCUGUGGCGCUGGUAACAGAUCUGUGCUCUCCUCCCACUUUAUUUUUCAGUUGCUUUCCUGGUGUUACCACUACUGGCCUUUCUAAAUUUGUGAAUUUUGUUAAGGCAAAUGCUACACAGGGGGAAACCAAGUCACAACUGCUGGGAAGUUUGAUAGGUCACCUUUAGGGGAGAAAAAGCUACUAAUGCAUGAACCAUAAAAGUAAUACAAUCUGAAAGGUAAGGACAAACUGAUGAAAUUCCAGUUGGCUAAAAGUAAAUGCAUUUAUUUUUGACUAGCAUGGUCCAGAGGUGGCCAGUCUGAAAUAUGGCCAAAAAUGUCAGCCUGUGCAAGAGAAAAGAAUGAGAAAGUUUCCUGCUAAAUGGGCUUUUCUGCUCAUCUAACUGGGCUGUAGGAACUCCUGAAUGUAAGACAGGACAGGCAAUGUAUUUAAUGUGAGAGAAGCUAGAGAGCCAAAGUAACGGUGAAAUGGGAAGAAGGGCAUGAGGCAAGGUCAUCCAUCUCCCUUGGUCAUUAAACUCAUCAGUCUCCACAUUUCUACUGAAAUCUGCCCCACACAGAGGGACCGCUCUCUUCUGACCAUCUGUCAUUUUACGACACGAUGCAUUUGGAAUUAUUUCCACACCAUAUGGAUCUUUGCUGAAAGGUGUCCAUCAUCACCCUUUGUGUCUGGAUGUCAUAGAAGGAUUGGUGUGAGAAGGGACCUCCAAAGAUCAUCUAGUCCAACCUCCCUGCUCAAGUGGGUUGACCUGCAGCGGGUUGUACAGGAUAAUGUAUAGGUGGAUUUUGAGUGUCUCUGGAGCAGGAGACUACACAGUCUCUCUGGGCUACCUGUUUCAGUGCUCUGUCACCCUCAAAGUAAACAAGU